GCCUAAGCUGAAGCCCCCCAGUGCUGAUGAGCAGGCAAGCCGAUGAAAAGAUGGAGGGAUGGAAGAGCAGGGCUGUUGCUGCCAUUGGCCUUCCUGUUGCCCUGGGCACGUAGCUCACUGGCAUUAACAUGUGGCCAGGGAAUAAGCGCCAGAUCUCAACCACGGUACAAUGUUUCUGCUAUCGUGGGAGGGGAGCCUGUGAACAUCUUGGAGUUCCCAUGGCACGUGGGGAUUAUGAGUCUCCGCAAUCAUGUCUGUGGGGGAUCUAUUCUUAGUGAGUGGUGGAUUCUAACUGCAUCCCAUUGCUUCGGCCAAAUCAACAACUCGAACCUGGAGAUCACGCACGGCAGAGAUGACUUCAACAACAUGGAGGAUUUGACGUAUAAGGAAGUAGACAAGGUGAUCGUACACCCGAGUUUUGACAGCUGGCUCCUGGACAAUGACAUAGCUUUGCUCUUGCUCAGGUCCCCUUUAAACCUGACUGUCAACAGUGUACCCAUCUGCGUUUCAGAAGUCUCCAACGUACUGGCCUGGGAUAACUGCUGGGUGACUGGAUGGGGCAUUACCAAUACCAGUUUAGUAAAAGUCCAACCCUCAAAGCUGCAGAAAGUCAAUGUGGAGCUGUUUGGAUGGGACUGGUGCGGCCAGGUUUUGCCUCUACUGACCAAGAAUAUGCUGUGUGCUGGGGCUCGAGAUGCUGGGAAGGAUACCUGCCAGGGCGACAGCGGAGGACCUCUAGUUUGCAACAAGAAGAGAAACAUAACCACUUGGUACCAGUUGGGAAUUGUCAGCUGGGGCGUGGGCUGUGGCAGGAAGAACGUGCCCGGAGUGUACACCAAGGUGUCGCAUUACCUGGAGUGGAUUAGGAAGGAGACAGCCAAGGCAGGAAAGCCUUACGUGUACGUGGAGGACUCUGCAUGCUCUUCGCCCAUCUCGUGCUGGCCUCUUGUGUUCCUAUAUUUUGUAAUGUCCUAACCUGGAGAUUAAACACGAUGCUGUCCCCAA